UCCUUAAACAAGGAUAAAUGACGCAUUAGUCACAUCGUGCGUGAAACGAUGUUUACCCAUUAUAUAACUCUUGUGCAGAGAAACAUCAAGAAUACACACUUGUAGAAAAUUCACAACAUUGCUGGAUCUAGGUUUUAUCGUUCUGUCAUAUGUAACAGCUUCUAUUUUAUCAGGUUAUACUUUGUGGAGAUUCUGAAAUUCUCAAGUUAAAAGUCAAAAUCGCAAAGGAUACACUUAAGGAUUAGUUUUUAUUUAUACACUUAUCCAAUAUAUCUAGAAUAUAUAAAAUAAUAUAAUGGAAAAUAUGAAACGUGUACCAUUGCAUAAAGCCCUAGAAUCAUUGGCUUGGCUAGAAGGAAUGUGGCGAACCGAGAGUCAAGGCAACGGCAAAUAUCCGACAAUUAAAGAUUUUAGCUAUUAUGAUGAGAUAAGCUUCACGUCCUUAGGUCAACCUAUGUUCAAUUAUACUGCACAAAGCUUUUCCUCGGAUUUAACGAAGCCAAUGCAUCGGGAAACAGGUUUUCUGAAAGUGAACCCUGGAACUAAUCAUGUAACUCUUAUCUCAGCACAUAAUUUUGGUUUAACUACCAUUGAAUGUGGCGAGAUAACUGACAAAACCAUCAACUUAAAUAGUACUGAUAUAACUAGAAUAAAAGAGGCAAAGAUACCCCAUGUAACACAGGUACGCAGGGAAUUUAAACUUCAUGAUAAUUGUUUGGAAUAUGUAUUUUACAUGGCAACGUCGAAUACCCCAGUGUUGACUGAACAUUUACAAGCAAAGUAUACGAAAGUGAGCGAAGAGAAAUAAAAGGAUGUGAGAUAGGGUGACCAGACAAUCGGUUUUUCCCAAAUGACUUUUUUUUUUAAGACCGGCUGGAUUUUCAGUAUGUCCAGGGUGUACUCUUUUUAGCUUAUAUUAUGAGAAAGAGCAAGAGGACCGGAAGCUAUUGCACAUGAAAUACAUAAUAGUAAGCUAAUCACUAAAUUAUUAUUAUUAGGGAUGCAUCGGAUCGUAAAAUUACCGGAUAUCGGAUAUCCGGUGCAUCUCUAAUUAUUAUGUAUCUGUGAUAAAAUAUUUGAAAAUUGUUAUCAUUAUGUAAAACGUUUUUUUGGCUAAUACUUAAAUACGUGUUUUUAUCAUCUUUAGGAUUUUUAAAUGUACACUUUUCUUUUAUUUUUGAGUUUAAAUAUACUACUUACUUUAUACUACCAUGUAACCUUUUUUGUUCUACUUUUGAUUCUCUUGAUGUCCUACUUUUGUACUAUUUUUUAAUUUGGAAUAGUCCUAGUUUACUUAAGUUAGAUCUGGUCACCCUACCAGAA